AUGCCCCUAGAACUCCACCUCGCGAUACCCCCAGACACACCAACCCUGGCAACCCUCUUCUUCACAACCUUCUCCGACGCCUUCAACACGAAACUCUUCCCCCGCACACCGGACGUGCACACCUGGUGGACACGCGCCUUAACAAAAGAUAUCGGGAACCCGCGCAAACGCCUCCUAAAAGUAAUCGACACAGACGCUGACCCGGCCAGAAACGAGCCUACGAUUGUGGGAUUCGCGCUUUGGUCACUCCCUGCCCCGGUGUCCAAUGCCCCAACAACGGAGUCUAAGACCGGGUCCGAGGAGAUACAGACAGACGAACUCGAGGAUGGACUCAGUCCGCCUUGGCCGGAGAGCUGUGACGGGGCGUUAUGCGAGAGGUUCUUUGGUAGUAAUUAUGAGUGGCAGGUCAAGGUUAUGGGGGAUAAGAGGUAUUAUUGGACGCAUCCUGCGGCGAGGAGAAGAGGCGUGGCGACGAUGCUGGUUAAUUGGGGAUUGGAGAGGGCGAGGGAAGAUGGAUUGGAGGUGUAUUUGUCUUCUACGCAAGAGGGGAGAUUUGUUUAUGAGAGAUUGGGAUUUGAGGUGAGGUCGACGGGGGAGGUGGAUGGCCAAACAAUAUAUUUGUACAAGUAG